CCCCAUGUGCUCUUCGUUGCGUGCAUCUACCACGACCUGAGCACACUCGAGAAAUACGACAGCAACCCCAAGCGCUUCGAGAUUGUUGCUGGCGACGAAGCAGUCGCGGUGCUUCUCAAGCACGGCGUGAGCGAAUCUGCUGCCCGGGAGGCCUGGCUCGCAAUGUCGCUUCACACAACCCCCCAUAUUCCAGAGAACUUGGGAGGUGCCGCGCAGGCUGUCCGACUGGGCAUCAAGACCGAGUUUCGCGGAUAUCAGCUGGCAAAGGAGGCGCUGUCGGAGGAGCAGUGGAGGAUUAUCAACCAAGACCUGCCGCGUCUUGAGAUUGAGAAGGAUCUGGGAAAUGCACUUGCGGAACAGGGAAUUCGCAAUGAAGAAAAGGUGCCCAGAUUGACAUGGGCAGGCGAGCUUGUGAAGUGGGCAAAGGCAAACCCGGGCUAUGAAGGCGUCAACCAAGGGUUUUAG